AUGCCGUCGAGCCCACAUUUGUUGGAAAUUUCGUCUCCAUGGCUACAAACGACCGACAGCUCCGCUGUUUGGACACAGGCCCCUCUCGAUAAAAAGCCGUCAACUGCCGUCAGACGAACCCUCCGUGCGCCUGAAGGCACGGGGUCGCGUUAG